AUAGGUUAUGUCUGGCAACAAAAUUAAAUGCUCCAAUAAAUAAAUAAAAUUACUUUUUAUUGCUUUUUAUCAAUAAAUAAUUGUAUACAACAUAAACGAGUUAAAAAAAAAACUAGUCAUAAUGUCUGUUUAUGGAAUGUUAUUAGCAUUUUCAAAAUUGUCAGUUCAACCUGUCACAUCAUUAACAAGAAAUAUUUCAACAAGUAGUUCUCUUUACUUUAGAGGAACUAGUGUUCUAUUUGGAGAACCAUUGAAGAAAAAGAAAAGAAUGGAUCCAGCUGUAUUAAGAAACAGAGAAGAACGUAAAAAGAGAAAACUUGAAAAACAAAUUCGUCGUUUGGAAAAAAAUUCUAGGCAGCUUAAACCUAUUAGUGAACUUGAGCCUGCAUUUAAACUUAUUGAUCAGCAAGCAAAACGAACUCGUCCAAAGCCAGUACAUACACAAGAAUAUCUAGAACAAAGAAUAUUGCUGACAAAAGAAUGGUCAAGAUUUAAAAAUGCUCAAUUUAUGGAAGACAUUAGAAUGCUUGAUAAUGUUAUGCUAUCACAGCAAAAAGCACUUGAUGAAUUACGAGCUGAAUCUGAGGAACUUUAUCAAGAAGCAAUUCAACCAGAUGUCAAUUUAAUGCCUCACAUUACCAAAGGACCACUAAACACAAUUGCAAUUCCAAAUUACGAAAAGCCUGAUGGUGAUUACAUUGAUGUUACAAAAAAAUACGAUGGUGAAGAUCAAAUAUUUCAACAAGUAAUUGAUACUAAAAAAAAAUAAUUAAAAAAUUCAUUGAAUACAUUUAAAGCCAGAUUUUUCUUUUUUUUUUUUUCAAAUUGUAGAAAUAAAAAUAAAUAAUGUUUAAUGACAAACAA